AUGGUCGACAGAGCACACAAACCCUCAGCACUCACUCCCAGCACCACUGGCCCUCAGCCUACCGUCCACUCGGAUGGCNAGAAGGUGACCGCCAGCCUGCCCAGCGGCGAUUCGGUUGAGGUCAUGCUGUACGGCGCCACGGUCAUCUCGUGGAAGAACAAUGGCAAGGAGAACCUGUGGUUGAGCUCCAAUGCCCACAUGGACGGCAAAAAGGCCAUCAGAGGUGGUGUGCCCGUCGUUUUCCCUGUAUGUUCUCACCGCUUGCACAACGCAAAACAACCCACUGAUGACCUGCACAUAGNNAACUUCGGCCCUGCCCCCAAAAACCACGCUACUUCGGCCCUCCCUCAACACGGUUUCGCGCGCAUCUCCAAUUGGGAGUACCUUGGCACCACCUCGUCAGAGUCUGGCAAUCAGAAGGGCAGCGACGACUCUAUCCGCCUUGACUUUGGCCUCACACCCAACAACCUCAGCGAUGACAUGAAGAAGGCAUGGCCCUACGACUUUAGCCUGCAGUACAGCGUCACCCUGUCCAAGGACGGUCUGCAGACCAUGCUCAACGUCCGCAACCAGGGCGACAAGCCUUUCGACUUCCAGACCCUCUUCCACACCUACUUUGCCAUUUCCGUAAGCAAAAUUCACCGCCUCUACUCGCUUCAUCAAUACAUUACUAACACACUCAAUCAGGACAUCUCCAAAGUCAAGGUCACCGGCCUCUCGGGCGUCAGAUACAUCGACAAGAUCCUCAACGCAACCGAGCACGACUCCAAGGGCAACGAACUCCGCAUCGAAAGCACCGUCGACCGCGUUUACAAAUCCUUCACCCAAGACACGACCUCGAUCCUCGUCGACGACAAACCCCGUCUGGAUGUCAUCAGAGACAACAUGCAGGACACCGUCAUCUGGAACCCUUGGAGGGAGGGUGCCGAGGCCAUUGCCGACUUUGAGCCCAAGGAUGGUUACAAGAACAUGAUCUGUGUCGAGGCUGGUGCUGUCAACGGCUGGAUCACCCUGGAGGCUCAGGAUGGCUUUGAGGCUGGCCAGGCGCUCAAGAGCCACCUGUAA